ACAAUAAAGAUACAGUUACUACAAUCACAAAAUAUAUCAGAAAAAUUUUUUUUUUACUACCAUAUUGAAUGUUAGUAAUGUCUGUAAAUAGCGUCAGCUUCCGGGGGAACUGUUUGUGUCAGCUUCAAUAUCACUCCGGAUAAGAUGUUCAUAAACAAGGAAAUGUAGAGCAAGUUGAGACAUCAGUCGUUUAACAUCUGGCCAGUUCAAACACAGGCAUUAUCAGUCAUGGAAGGAACAUCCAACAGUGACACUACAUCUCAAACAUCUGUGGCUGCACAAGUGCCAUUUCUUGACCUGUGCACUGUUCUUGAAAACAUCCAGAAAGCUAAAAAUCGGCCAGACAAGGCGAAGUGUUUAAAAGAUUUUUUAGAUUCAUGGAGAAGGUUUCAUGCAGCUCUUCACAAAGAGAAUCCCAACACUACAGACUCGUUUUAUUCAGCUAUGCGUCUUAUUGUGCCCCCUUUUGAAAGGGAGAGAAUGGCCUACGGUAUCAAAGAAAGCAUGUUAGCCAAACUCUACAUCGAGGUCUUAGGUCUUCCAAAAUCGGGGCCAGAGGAAAAACUUCUUAAUUACAGAGCCCCUACUUCAUCGAAAGGAGAAUCUGGAGACUUUGCACUUAUGGCUUAUUUUGUCCUUAAAAAGAGAUGCACAAGCCAAGGUAAUCUGAGUAUCAAAGAAGUCAAUGAUUUCUUAGACUCAGUAGCUUUGAAUAAUGCCAGCAAGCAGAAAGAUCUUGUAAAGAAAAGCCUUUUACAUUUGAUUACGCAGAGCUCAGCAUUAGAACAAAAGUGGCUUAUUCGUAUGAUCCUGAAAGACAUGAAACUUGGCAUAAGCAAGGAGACCGUUCUCCAGGUUUUUCACACAGAUGCUCCAGAGCUGUACAACGUCACUACAGACUUAGACAGGGUCUGCAGACAACUACAUGACCCCUCAGUUUCCUUGAAUGAAGUGUCCAUUGGCCUGUUUUCUGCCUUCAAGCCUAUGCUGGCGGCUGUUGCCAACAUUCGCCAGGUGGAGAAACAGAUGGGGAACCAGCCGUUCUAUAUUGAGACCAAGCUGGAUGGUGAGCGCAUUCAACUCCAUAAGGAUGGGGAUGUGUACAAGUACUACAGCCGGAACUCGUUUGAAUAUACGCAACAGUUUGGGGCUUCGCCACUAGAGGGUUCCCUCACACCGUACAUCCACAAUGUCUUUAAAUCUCAUGUUGUCAAUUGCAUCUUGGAUGGAGAGAUGAUGGCUUAUAAUCCCACCACAGAGACCUUCAUGCAAAAAGGAAGCAAGUUUGAUGUCAAGCGGUUGCUGGAUGACUCAGACUUGCAGACUUGCUUUUGUGUGUUUGAUGUCCUGCUUGUCAAUGACCAGAAGUUUGGAAACGAGCCUCUGAAGAAGCGUUACGACACUCUCAAGACAGUCUUCACACCCGUCAAAGGCCGGAUCCAGCUGGUACAGUACACUGAAGCCAAAACCAGGCAGGAAGUGAUAAAUGCUCUUAAUGAGGCUAUUGACGAUCGUGAAGAAGGCAUCAUGGUCAAAGACCCAAUGUCCAUCUACAAGCCAGAUAAACGUGGUGAAGGCUGGUUGAAGAUCAAACCUGAAUAUGUUGACGGCCUAAUGGAUGAGUUGGAUUUGCUAAUAGUGGGAGGCUACUGGGGGAAAGGCAGACGGAGCGGAAUGUUGUCACACUUUCUUUGUGCUGUUGCCGAAACUUCAAGUCCUGGAGAGAAGCCAACAAUGUUCCAUACACUGUGUCGCAUUGGAUCAGGCUACACCAUGAAGGAGCUAUAUGAGCUUGGCCUGAAACUGGCCAAACACUGGAAAGUUUAUCGCAAGAGUAACCCCCCUGUAGGCAUUUUGUGUGGAACAGAGAAGCCAGAAGUUUACGUUGAGCCAAGAAACUCGGUGAUCAUUCAAGUCAAAGCAGCAGAAAUUGUUACCAGUGACAUGUACAAAACCAAUUGCACUCUACGAUUCCCCAGGAUUGAGAGGAUUCGAGAGGACAAAGAAUGGUAUGACUGCAUGACCUUGGAUGAGCUAAAUCAGUUCCGAGAUAAAGCCUCCGGUAAGCUGGCAUCUAGGCACUUUUACUUCAAGGAAGAUGAGCCAGAAAAGAAGAAACGCAAACUUGCAUCCAAGCCUAAAAAGACCAUUGGCAUUGUUGAUCACUUCAAAGCUCAAGACCUGUCCACUGUCACCAAAGAGACUGACAUGUUCGAAGAUGUGGAAUUCUGCGUCAUGAGUGGAAGCAGUACACAUUCCAAGGCCGAUCUUGAAAAGGCAGUUGCCCGUUGUGGAGGCAUUGUAGUCCAAAACCCUGGAAAGGACACGUACUGUGUGAUCGCAGGCGUUGAAAACGUGCGGGUAAAGAACCUCAUCGGUUCAAACCAACAUGACAUCGUAUGGGCUUCCUGGCUCCUGGAAUGUCUGGACAGGAAACAGGUGCUACCAUGGCAACCCAAACACAUGAUCCACAUGUCCCCUUCGACAAAGGAACACUUUGCUAAAGAGUAUGAUUGCUAUGGAGACAGCUACUACGUCGACACAGAUGAGCAGCAGCUGAGGGACGUCUUCAGCAGAAUGGGGCCUGUUGAAGUGGAUGCAGGAUCCAUCGCUUCAAUCGAGCAGAAGUACGGCUGGGAUGAUUUGCCUAUUAGCAUGUUCAGACCUUAUCGUGCUUACUUUGAUCGAUGUGCUGAGAUUGGAAAUCGAACAAGUUUUAUUAAGGGUACAUGUCUUGACUUUCGGGCUCUGCAGUUUCGCUUCCAUGGGGGCGCAGUAGUAGAAAGCCUAGAAGAAGGGGUGUCGCAUGUGGUCGUGGCAGGUGAAGAGAGAUUAUUGGAGCUGAGGACACACAGACGCCUCUUUACAAAAAAGUUUAAAAUCGUUCGAGAAACAUGGGUGACUGAUUCCAUUAACGCAGGACACGUUCUUAAUGACAGUGAUUACCUUGUGUAAAGUGGGGACGACUACACAAUGUUUCAUAUCACUUGAAGACUGCGUUGUCUUCAAAUUAUCUUUAUCCUUGCCAUUAUCCAGGCUAAAAUGAUGUCUGGAUCUGAUUGUGGCUUGUGCUGUGAUUCUAAACAUUUUUAAUGAAUUGAGAAAAUCAUUGUUUAGCUUUGUAUUUUUAACUAUAGGUGUAUUUUUAUUAACAAUUGCAGAUUUUUAGACAAUGCUGUUUUUUAAUUUUUUUAGACAGAUAGGCGUUUGUGUAACCUCAGAAGUCUCAUUUUGCUUGCUUACAGAGAACAACACUUGGAUGAAAAAAACGAUAAAGAUUUUACAAAGGAAUAAAGAAUAAACCUGUUUUUAUCUACGGCUGUUAUUUUAUGUAAUAUAUUUGAUUGCUAUGAAUAAAGAUCAGGAAGGUGACUGUAUUUCCCUUGACAAUAA